GUCAAGCUUCAGUUUUCUCGCUCAUUCUGUGUGGGAGGCACCCUUUCUCCUUCAGGGGAGUUCUGGGUUUCAUUCUGAUUACAAAAUUGGGAAAUGGGUCCUGCUUUCUUCUGCAAAUCAAUCAAUUUUGUUUCGUGCUUUUUUCCUUGAUUGCAUUUGGGACUUUCCCUUUUUUCUGGUCCAACGUUUGACUUGCUUCCUUCGUUGAUUCGUCUUCAAUUUUAGGGUUUAAAGUCGUUUCCUUUGCGAGGGAUUCUCAAUUGCAAUUUCUAAUUCAGUUGAAUUUCGAAUUGGGUUUUUAUGGUAAUGAUGACUUUUUCAGGAAUUCAGAAGGUUCUCUCAUGUGCUUGGGAAAACAAGCAUCUUUCAUUUUAAGGAUAUCUAUUGGGAUUUCUUGCAAUAGAUUUUGCUUUAAACAACAUGUUGAUAUAUCCCUGCUCACGCUUUCCUAACUGCUAGCAAAAUUGGCUUCCUCAUGCAGACUUUCUCUGGAUUCUUUUUAGACUCAAGCUGCUGCUUUUCAUUUUGUUCUUCACCACCCUCAUCUUUGAAUGUGUUCUAGCCGAAGGUGAAAAUGAGUUUACACAAAGGAUAAGAGCUCCCCACAAAAAUGUAGGAAAUAGUGUUAUAGAUGGUACUGGUACAGAGAAGCAAAUAAAUUUUGAAGACACAAACACUGUAGGGGAGAGGAAGGAGAGUUACAACAGUGUUUCUGUGUCCACUGUUGCCCUUUUUACAUUGGCGAUGGCGUCUGCAACUGGUUUAGGUGCAUUACCAUUCUUCUUUGUAGAACUUGAUCCUUAUUGGGCUGGGAUAUGCAAUGGAAUGGCUGCUGGUGUCAUGUUGACCGCAAGUUUUGACCUCAUACAGGAAGGGCAGUAGCAUGGUGCUGGAAAUUGGGUUGUGAUUGGGAUCUUAGCAGGUGGCAUUUUCAUUUUGCUUUGUAAGAAGUUUCUUGAAUGGUAUGGGGAAGUAAGUAUGCAGGACAUAAAAGGAGCUGAGACAACUAAAGUUGUUCUUGUUGUUGGAAUUAUGACUCUUCACUCAUUUGGGGAGGGCUCUGGUGUUGGAGUUUCCUUUGCUGGUUCAAAAGGUUUUACUCAAGGUCUUUUGGUUACUUUGGCAAUAGCUGUGCACAACAUACCAGAGGGAUUAGCUGUGAGUAUGGUGCUUGCCUCAAGAGGUGUAUCUCCACAGAAUGCAAUGCUGUGGAGUGUGAUUACAUCCUUACCCCAGGCUUUGCUGCUGGAUGCAUGAUUUGGAUGGUUGUUGCUGAGGUUCUUCCAGAUGCAUUCAAGGUUUCUUGACUUAUUGACUCUAUGAAUAUGUUUUUAGAUCUGUCUGCCUUCACAUUUUCAAAAGUUUUUAUCAACCAUAUAUCUAAUGCCAGCCAUUUAAAAAGCUUUAAUUUUAAAAUUCAUAUUUAGAUUAGUACACAAUAUGAAGGCGCUUCUAUAGUCACACCAAUGGAUGGCAUCUCUCUGUAUCCCUUCCUGUUUCGUUCUAUGUUGCAAAUUCUGGAUUUGGUUCUAUGUUCAGACAUCAAAUAAAAGCUGCAAGACUCUCAAUGUGAUUUGACCAUGUUUUACAUUUUAUUUCUCAACUCUGUUGUUCUUUCCUGGAUACACUAUGUUAGUUUCUCUGUGUUUUCUUCUUGUAGGAAGCAUCACCAUCUCCAGUUGCAUCAGCAGCUAUGCUUUCUGUAGCAUUUAUGAAAGCACUCGGUUUUCUGUUUCAGAACUUCAGUCAUGAGUACAAGUGAGUUGUUUUGGAUUUUUAUGCUGUUCAGAAGCAUUCACAACCUCAUCUUACAUUAUUUGCAUUAAUAGAUGCAGCCACUAGGGAUUACUUCAAUUCAUAUUUUAUUUUAUUCUCAUUAGGAGUAUUACUGUUGUAUAUCUUUACAAACUUUUUAUUUUCUUGGGCCCACAGUGCUUUUUUUCUUCUUGUAGAGGUUUCAUGUUAGCUCUAUAAUGAGACAACCAUCUAAGUUAGCCCAUAUUAGUUAUUUGUUGUAAGCUACUCAUAUGUUUUCUGCCAUUUCUGGUGUUCUUGCUUCUAAUACAACAUUGUUGUUUAG